UUCACAAAAGAAAGAGACUUGGUAGUUUUGCGUUCACUUCGGAUAUAAAUUUUUGAAGAUUGUCGUGCGCAAUUAUUUUUUUAUUAAUUUUUUUUCGAUUAGCCAACACACAGUGUGACUCGGAUUUGGUAAACUGGUAAUGAAAUAUAUUUGAUCGAUUAGGAUUAGGUAAAAGAUGCAUUUGGUAUAAAUUAAGCAGCGUUACGUACAUUUACCAUAUUGUGAAAGUCAAAUAUGAUAAAUGCUACUGAUUGAUUAAGGUCAAAUCCAUAAUCUUAUUACCGAGGUCAUAAUGGAUCCUAAACAAAUAACUGCUUUGGCAAAAUUAUUGAAAGAUAAAGGUGACAAAGUACUGAAUUACGAAUAUAAACUAUCUUUAUCAGGAUUAUUGCUAAGGGCUUUGAAUGACUCAUUUAGUUUGAUUGUUGACAAAAAUGAGAUACUUCCGCCCAAAAGUUUUCAGGUAGUGAAGCCAAACAAUGCCAAAUCUGAUGUUUUCCGAGAUCUGCAGUUCAUUUACGACUUUGUACAGAAAACUACUGUGCUAAGUUUGAACCAGUUCAUCAAUGAUGACCCCUAUCAGUUCGAGGUGGACAUAGGCAAAUUUAGAAAUCUUAGGACACUUGAAAUUCAAAAAAUUCCAAUAGGCCAGAUAAUUGGAAUUCAGCAAAUGAGAUCACAAUUGAACGAGAUCAGUUGCGUUCGCAGCAUAUCACAUGUGAAUGAAAUUAUCACAUCUUGUGGAGGAGACAACAGUAAUGGAUUCACUUGGAAUGAGCUUAGGACGGCCAAUUUCUCUUACAAUAUGCUUGAUCAUAUAGAUAGUUCUCUCGAGUUUACUCCGUGGUUGGAGUAUCUCAAUUUGAGCCACAAUCAGAUCGUUAGUGCAUCAGCUAUUAAAUGGCUUCCGAAUUUACGAGUGCUAAAUUUAAGUUUCAAUCGGCUAACACAUAUACCAUCCUUUCAUGUGGAUACGGCUAAAAAGCUACAAAUCCUUCACAUAUCGAAUAAUUUCAUAGAAGAUCUUUCAGACAUAUCUCGUCUGUUGAGUCUUACUGACUUGGACAUUUCUGGGAAUUGCAUCGUAGAUCACACUGCCCUUCUGCCUGUCAGUACACUUUCUAUGCUCUGCAGUCUAAACUUGCUCGAUAACCCCCUCGCAUGCCACCCGAAGCAUCGACAAGCCACCGCUCGAUUUUUGAAUAAGAAAACUUCCAGUGGGCGAUUUGUGCUUGACAACGAACCAUUGUCUAAGUACGAAAAAACGUUAACCGGCAAUUACGACAGUUAUCACGCAAUUCUGGUGCCGAGAAGUCCGGGCAGUGUUAGUUCGAGCGGCUUCAAUACGCCAUCGCGAAGAAGUUUGAUGAAUACACCAACGGGCAGUGUUACUUCUAGAAGUAGUUUGAAUUUGGACUCUAGGGAUGACCUAAGCUCUUCAGUGAUCAGUCAGAAAAGAAUAAAAGUACGUCGUGCGAUUAUUUCCGAGGGCGAACCAGAAAGUAGCAGUGGUAUGACAGACUCAAAGCUGGAUCUAACUACAUCGACAAAGAGUUUAGAGAUCAGCAACGAUCAUCUGGAAACAAAAAAGCAGAUCGAAAACCUUCGUAGGCAGUAUGGUUGUGAAUGGCUGCAGAGUCAAGCUGGUGACAUGGUGAAAAACGUAAUAGGCUUCGAUCCGACGAGUGAGAAAGAAUUCGAAAGUGUAAUGCAUUACAAAAACGAUAGCAAUGAGGCUAUGGUGGUCUCGACUAUACCAUCGCAAUCACUUUCUAUCGUUGGUACUACAUCUGGGAGAGAAUCUGAUCACAUUGACGACAGUAUGAUAACAUCCACGCCGAUAGAUCGUGAUCGGUCGACAUUGCUGGAAACGUUUGAGUCGCCUAUCAAAGCUCGUAUCGGCCGACAAUCCGAUGACCAAUUGAAUGAAUCUGAUUUCAAAAGUGUAAUGCAUGAACAUGACUCAAACUAUCAAUCAGUGGCCGAUACAACUGUUGACAAUUUAACUAGACAUUCACUAGAUUUAACCGAUAUCUACAGCAAUUUCGCUGAUGUUGAUAUAGAAUCUGAUGUAGAGGACAAUGAGAGAUGUUAUGUAGUUAACGUCAAAGGCAAUCCAGUAGAAAUGUGUUUGAUCAUUUCCGAUGUAAGCAUACGGGAGAAAGAUAGUGGAAAAACUAAAACACGCUGGGGUAUCAAGACGCUACAGGCAUGCGAGAGAUCGACUUCUACUAGUAUCACUUUGCUAUUCGACACAGUCAAAAAAGAUAAGAAAAUGAGAACUUAUGAGAUUGAUGAGUUCACCUGCCAGCAGUUGGAACAUUUCCUGCGUGAACUUCUAUCCAGGCGACCGUUGUCUGAGAUGAACCAAAGGCUCUUUAAAUGUGUGGUUUGCAAUGCAAAGUUUUCCCGAGAAAUCAAUACGAAGAAAGCGUUCGAAGAUUUACAAUGCCCUGAAUGUAGUGGCGGCUACUGCAUUGAGAUUAAAGAAUCUCCCACCAAGCAGUUUUUGACAAAUUUUGAUAAACCAUCCAGCAGCGGAGACUGCAUGUCGGGAAUUGACGAUUUCGUGCAACCAGUAGCAGGAUCUUCUGGUCUUGGAGCAAUGAUGAAAAAAAGUGGAUCGAAAAAUAGUAUUGCGUUUACAAUAGCACCGUCGGAUGCAUGGAAGUCGCCGGUCAAAAAUAAACCGAGAUCUGUUGGUUCGUUGAACGAUUCAUCAUCCUGCUCGCGGAUAUCGCAGCCAAGUAGUUCAUGUGACUCCAACAGAAGCGUAGCUGGUAGCACCAACUCGGAGCGGGAUCGGGAUGUUGAUUUACUGGGAAACGAAAGUGACAUUGAAAUCUUGAGUAAUCCCAGUCAAAGCAGCAUAGAAGUGUUGGACCGCGGGUUUCAUCCAAGCAGAAAGCACUCAGAGGAGAGAAAAACACUCCAGUUACCAGAAUUGGACACGACCAAUGACGAUAGUUUUAAUAUGUCGACAACUCUAAUCAGCCAGGAGACCUCUACAAAUGAUCUCAUCGCCAAAGUGUCAGAAGCGUUUAAUAAGGCAAUUGAUAAAGAGGACACUCCACUGAUCGCUCCGUUACAAUCGGAUAAUGAAGCGAAUUCAACCCCGAAACCUAACCAAUCUGUUUUACAGCAUAAAAAGGCUUUCCUGGUAACCGCAAAUCUGACGGAAAGCAGCUCAUCCGGUUCCGUUACCGAUAGUGUGUGUACCGCUUAUGAAUCUAAUCAAGACCAAAAGCAGAGUACUACUUCUGAGGAAUCUGUCGACAGCGAUAAGGCGAAAAAAGAUCAUCAAUCGGAAAAUGUUGUUACAUCGCCUUCGACCAAGGGUGAAAAUUCAGUCAUUAGCACAAUGCUGGGCGGGCUUUUCCAAUCAACCAAUAUGUUAAUGUCUAAAACGCCAAAAUUAAAUAAGAUGGAAUCUACACUGAAGUUAUCAUUUGAACCCAUUCGAUAUUCGUACACCGACUAUGCCAAUGUCGACCAUCGGUUGAAGCUAUACCUCUACCAAAAUUUGUUUGAGGAUUCAAACGAAUCACUCAAGUGGCUUGUUUCGUGUGUUAUUUUCGACGAAAAUCAGCUCGAGGAGUGGCCAACCGGAUUUGAUGGACUGUUCAUAAUGUCCACUACUAAGUUUUAUGUGAUGAAAAAGAUUGCUGCUGAAAGUGAUGAUCCAUCGACUUGGAUGAGAAAACAUUUAUCCGGUACGAUCGAUAGGGUUGGCAUUGCACAAGUUCUUCCAUGGAAGAUUGGAAUGAAAUUCGUCAUAAGCGCAGUUGGCGGUAUUCACAUUAUUUUGCAAGACAUCUUGCGAACCGAUUCGCUCAUACUGUUCUUUGCGGAUAAUCCACUUCCUGAAUAUUGCACCUUUGAUUAUCAGUCAUCAGAGCUGCUUACGAAUAAACUGGGAAAAGUUACCAAUGGUGAAAUGCUAAAAAUUUUGAUGGUAGUAAAUUUUUGCGACGUUUUGUCCAACGAUGAACUGCAGAGUGUGCAGCUCUGUACGUUAUUAUUAACGGACAAUCACCUCUAUUUAGCAGCUAACAUUAAAUGGCUCAAUGAAAGUAGCAAGUAUCCUAUUGAACCAAAAUAUACCCAGUUGAUGACGAAUCUAAAUGAAUUGGAAAACAUCAAUGGUUUGUCGUGCCGACUGCACUUUAUGGAUGAGCAGGAAGACAAGUGCGAAACGUGGCGAAUAGACUUUGCCACCGAUACCGCCAAAGAAAGUACCGUCACGACAAUUUGCAGUUCCUGGGAACAGAUUUUUGGAGUGCCUUUGAUUAGCAGUACGAGUGCUAAUAACAGCAAUAAUAAUAGUAAUAAUAAUAGAGUUAGCAGUACAGCUUCGAAAAGUAACAACAAUAGGAUCAUAAGUAACAUUAACAAUAAUCGUAACUAAAAUGUAAAUACAUAUACCACCGUCCAUAUUAUGGUUUAGAUAGUUUGGGUUGCUGCCAGCGUUUAUAGGCAUUCAUAAAUCAUUGAUUGUUCAUGAGGUGAUAUUAGAUCUUUUAAAGAAAAGUGUUUUACCAUUUGUUUGUGUGUUUUUACAGUGUGUAAUAUAGUGUGUUCUCAGUAAAUUUUUACUUUAUUUAACCGUAUGAUAGCCAAUUGUAAUUAGGAAUAAAACUCGUGAUUAAAACAUUUGCAAUCCCUAUUUGAUUUAUAAAGUAGUGAUAUAGAUUAACAUUUGCUACCUGAGUGUGAAUAAAAUGGAAUGUACUAAGAUACCCAUACAUUAAA